AUGGCUCCUCCUUUCACCCAACCUCACAUUGAGACCUCUCCGAAACGCGUGCGCGUGCUGUUCGGAGGAAAGUACAUCGUGGAUACGUCCGAAGCUAAGCUAGUAUGGCUGAAGCCGAAUUAUCCCACCUAUUUCUUCCGCCAGGAAGAUGUUCCUGCUGAAUAUCUGCAAAAAGAGGCCGACGACACAUCAUCCGAUGCGAAGGUGUACGACGUAGUGGUGGGAUCAUCGCGGGCGAAGGGCGCUGCAAAGAAGCACCUCGCAGGUGCCCUUGCUGACCUCGUCGAGAUCAUAUUUGGCACGAUGGAUGCGUGGUUUGAGGAGGACGAGCAGAUCUUCGUACAUCCCAAAGACCCGUACAAGCGAGUGGAAGUUUUGCAAUCAUCGCGCCACGUACGAGUAGAAGUCGACGGCGUUGUGGUGGCCGAGACGACCAAGCCGCGUCUGCUUUUCGAAACAAGCCUACCCGUGCGGACGUACAUCCCAAAGACAGACUGCAGGAUGGACCUCCUCACACCAUCCACGCUCACGACGCAAUGCCCAUACAAGGGAGUCGCCAACUAUUACAGCAUCAACCUGCCCAAUGAUAAGACUUUCGAGAACCUCGUAUGGUGGUAUCGUGCCCCCUUGCUGGAGUGCGCCGCUGUUCAAGGCUUUGUGGCCUUCUAUGAUGAGAAGGUGGAUGUUUUCGUGAAUGGAGUCCGUGUGCCUCGCCCGAGCACUCAGUGGUCGUGA